AGCCUGCAAACUAUAAAACUGAACAGAGAGCUGCAGAGACCUUGUGCAGUCAUUCUGCUAAUCAGCUCAGCGAGGUGCAGCUAGAAUCCUGAGCAGCAUCAUGAGCAACACACCGAGAGAUUUGUUGAAAAAGAAGCUCGAUCAACUUCAGUGUCACUUCACGUGGCGCCCACAGAAGGAAACCAUUGACUUGGAAGAUAUGUUGUACAGAUUAGAAGAUGCUAUAAAUUUUGCUGUCAAAUAUCAAGCCACAUCCUACAACCAACUUGCUUUUGUGAACUGCCUGCAAGGCAAUCACGAAGAAGCCAUUGAAAACUUAGAGAAAGCUGAAAAGAUUCUGAGGGAGAACCACAAAGAUGAAUUUGAAAGAAAAAGCAUCAUCACCUAUGGAAACUUUGCCUGGGUGCAUUACCACAUGGGACAACUGGUCGAGGCCCAGUCCUACCUCGACAAGCUGGAGAUGAUCUGUAAACCGCUCACUGACGGCCCUCGCUAUACAGCAAUGAUACCUGAAGUAUACGGGGAGAAGGGAUGGUCAUUGUUGAAGUCUGGCGGUGAAUACUACGAAGAGGCAAAGGAAUGUUUUGAGAAGGCUGUAGAGGAAGAUCCUGAUAACACGGAAUGGAUCAUGGGCUAUGCGACUGUGCUAUUUCGUCUGGAAUCAUUUUCUGGAACCCCAGAGAGUCGUGAACAGAGUCAGUCCCAGAAGCAUCUGCGUCGGGUGCUGGAGCUUGAUCCAGAUAACUCUGUGGCCAUGGUGCUGUUGGCCCUAAAAAUGCAGAGGUUCAAGCAAAAGAAGGAAGCAAAUAAAUUAGUUGAACAAGCAUUGCAGAAAACCCCUGAUUUUCCAUAUGUGCUCCGCUAUGCUGCAAAAUUUUACAGAACUGAAGGAGUUAUGGACAAAGCUAUCAAGCUGCUGAAGCAUAUAUUAGAAUUCACUCCACACUCUUGCUUCGUACACCACCAAAUUGGAAUGUGUUACAGAAGUAAACUCAAUGCACCUCACACAGGUCAUCUCAAUGCUGCAUUUCAGCACCAAACUGAGUUGAUCAGACAGUGUAAGUACCAUUUUGAAAAGGCCUGUGAAUACCGUGAAAGGUCGGGUACUCUACCACAAUUGGAUCUUGCAAACUUCUGUAUUAAAAUUAAAGACUACUCCAAAGCAGAGGAGAUCUACAGAAAUCUCAUGAAAUUAGAGGGCAUUCGUCCAGAAAACAUGCAGAGCAUAUGUUUUCAUGCUGGGUCAUUUGAAAUGUAUCACAGAAAGUCUGAAUCAAAUGCCAUCAACCUAUUCCUGAAAGGUCUGAAGAUUGAAUAUGACUCAUAUGAACAGAGAAAAUGUCGUAAGGAACUGGAGAAGUGGGCAGACAGGAAACUUCGCAGGAAUCCACAUGACAGCAAGGCCCUUGGUGUUAAAGGAUUUCUGUAUCAGCUGGAUGGGAACAAGCCUAAAGCCAUUGAAUACUUUGAAAAUGCCUUGGAGUUUGAUCAUGAUAAUGAAGACUAUCUGUGUGCUCUUUGUGAAUUACGCCUUUCCAUCAAGGGCCAAAAUGAUGCUUGAAAGAAGCAUUGAUUCUGUCUGAUCUGAAAGAGAGGUUUGGUGGACACCCGUUUCACUUAAUACAUUUUUGCAGCACCUUCUUCAAAUUAGACACUACUGGUGAAAUUCAAACAAUAACCUUAUUGUAAUCAUUCUCAAUCUCUGCUGUAUUCAAGAAUGGUGAUGACUUAAGUAUGCAAAGUAAAUUGCAUUAAUUCCAUAAUUCUACCCCUGCCAUACAUGACUCCAGAACUAUUAGUUCAGAAUAUGUGAAGUGAAGCAAAGUUUGGUGUCAGGAAAUUAUUCUAACUAGAGCCAAAUGUCAAAACCUGUCAGAGAAUCUCGGCAAAUUUCUACUUCAUUUCCUUUACUUAUUAAUCCUUAGAUGUAUUCUGCUUUUCAAUUUGUAACAUGAAUCCUGCAGAAGAAAUGUAACUUUUGAAGAAUGAAUAUUUGAUGAAGAUCAUUUUAAAAUGGACAUGUCUGAGAAUUAAAGUUUCACAACAAAGAUUGGAUCUGCUUAGACUAUAUGAAAGGAACACCAGCAAAUUCUUAACAGUAUGUGUCCAGUCUGCUGACAGAAGCUAAGAAUGUUUCAAAAGACAAUGCAAUAGCCAAAGACCAGACUCAAGUUUUCAAUCUCAGGCAGAAUAGUUAACUGCCAAGGACAAGGUCUGUAACCCAGAUCUGAAAUGCCAAUGGACGCAUUAUGUAACCAGAUGAGUAGGGUCAAGUAUUUGACUGCUCCACUCAUGACGGAGCAUUGAUUUCCAAGAGGCAAUUCCUGUAACAGGAUGGAGCAAACUGGGUUUGAAGUUCCAGGUGAUGAGUACAUGACAUGUUUGUAGUCAGAAAGUGGAAAUUUGGUGCAGGUUUGAUAUCAGAUGAACUAUUGUUACAUGGGUUUUGAGCAUGACAAAUAUAAGAAGAGAACCCUAGAAAGGGGAAAUAUCGAUGCAUUUGAUCAGCAUGAUCAAAGAGUGAGAGAAUGCAUAUUCUCUCAGAAGAUUACCUUGCAACACGUGGAUUGAUCUGAAGUGCUGGGGCAUGGGCGGUGGGAUCAAUCCACUGGAGAGUUUAUCCAGAAUACAUUGAGCAAUAUAACACAUGCUAUGCUAUGCUUUGCUAAUCGGCACUAAGAUACUGCAUUGUACUGGGCACAUUCACUUUGAAUAAAGUAUAAUAGCUGCUAACAUGUCAAAUUGUUUUGAAUUUAGAAUUGAAAAGGAUAUUUGUCAUAGAUGCAGCAUUAGAGUUAAUUGAAUUGAUUAGCAGAAUUAUUUCUGAAAUACAACAGAUAUUUGUAAAUCAAUAAUAAAUCUAACUGAGGCCUUGAUUUUCACUCGAGGUGAUUUUGAGUGGCCAGUUGGUGAGUAGAUAUGGACAUUCAGCCAUUAUCACCAAUUUCGGACCCUUGGUGUUUCAAAUCCCAAGCUUCAUUACUGCAGUUAUAUUUCCAUCCAUACUGUGUGUAGUUGGAGUUGAAGGAGGUCCAAUGAGGACAUUGCAGGAUGGCAGGGUACAUAUGAACAGGGAUGCAAGAGCCCAUGGAGCACCAGCCUGGAGUCCCCGUCAAUCAGAGACCCCAGGGAAAAUGUGUCUGGACAUGUGGCCUAUAGCUUUGUCUAAGAUUGCCUGGUGCUCUGUAUACCUCAGGAUGCUAUUUUUCCCACAAAAUCCACAGAGACUGAUGGAGUAGAGCCUUGUAAAACUAGAGUAUCCAUGAUGCCUGAAAAGGGGCAACCAGAGAUGUCACAAGGCAAGUUGAAGCACUUAAUGUCAGUGGGAGUCUCCCUGCUCUUUAACAUCUCUACAUCAAACCUUCUGAGUUGGAGUGGGCUGGAUAAUACUCAUACCAAACUCUCAGAAUGCAUUCCAAAAGCAACAGCUCGAGUGCAAUCAACACUGAGUGGGAUCAUUGUAGUAUUAUGCUUAUAAAGAUGUGUUACUGACAGCGAUGCCAUGCUGGGUACUGGUGCACACGCCUGCCCUUAUCACUGCUGCAGAACCACAGUAAUGAACUGGUGAUUGCAUAGCCCCAAGACUUAGUCGAGAAUGAAACGAGGGGUUUGCUGCAGGUUCCUGGCAUUGCAGCACAGAGUAGGGGGGGGAGGGCAGGCAAAAGUUCGUUCCUGGUGCCUAACAAGCAGCGCACAGAUGUCUUCACGGGGGCGUGCACCUAUGAGUGUUUGGACUGCAGAAGCAAGAACGGUACAGUGAGUUAUGCAGGACAGGACUGUGCAGGGUACUGGUGUAUAUGUGUCAGUUCAAUUCUCAGAGACUGUUCCUUUCUCAUUGACAGGAAACAAAGUAGAGGAAAGAAAACUAUAAGAAAUAAAAAUGUUAAAACAAUGAAAGACAAUCACAUGGAAUUUGGAUGGAGUGGAGCACUACACAAACUCAGUUCAAUGAAACAUCAAACAUAAUUGCACAGGGCAGGCACAGUAGUGUAGCGGUUAGCAUAAUGUUGUUACAGUGCAAGCGACCCAGGUUCAAUUCCAGCUGCUGUCUGGGAGGAGUUUGUAUGUUCUCCCAGUGUCUG